CUGACCCCGGGCCCUCGGGCAGUGCCCAAGUUUCCAAAUGGUCAGUCCACCUUUUUACCUGACUGUGGAGCCCAAGGGUGGCCUCUUGUGCAAUUCCCAUCCCAGCACCCCUGGCAGUGGAGGCAGGGACUGCUGGGGCAGUGAUCCCUCCAUAAUGAGUAUCUGUCACAUGCCUAUUGCUGCCACAAGGGAUGUUUACAUUCCUUGGGACAGCAAUAAACAUGAUUAACCAUUUCAAUACCGGGCAAUUUUACACCUUCCUGCCCAGGCCAUUUUUCACGUUUUAGCGCUCUCACACUUUGAAUGACAAUUGCGCGGUC